GGUUAGUGGACCAGUGUAUAAUUAUUAAAAUGGCGACCGGCGGUAAGAGUGUGUUUAACUACUCGGUGAUAGAAACCUCGGAUAUGAUAUAUGAUUUUUCUUGCUCUCCUUGCACAGAAAAUGGAAACAAUUCAGAGGCAUUAUACAGAUGUGUUGAGUGUAAAAUCUUCCUCUGUACAAAAUGUCGCGAUGGACACAAACAGUUUGUCAUUGGCCAUAAGAUAGUUGAUGUACGCGCGAAAGAUAUCGGAGGAGGUUUGAUUCAUUUGAAAGGUUAUACGUGCGAUGAACAUCCAGACAAGCUGAUUGAUAUGUACUGCAAGACGCAUGAUGAAGUCUACUGUUCAGUUUGUAUAUUGCAACACAGGUCAUGUACAGGAGUAGACUACAUUCCAGAUAUUGCUAAAAAACUUCUGGAGAAUCAAGACAAGGAAAGUGUUGAAAUAGAAUUAAAACAACAAUGUGUCGAGCUGCAAAAACUAAAGCACAGCCGACUUAAAUAUUUGAGCAAAUUGUCAGAAGACAAAGAUAAAAAUACCCAAGACAUAAAGGGUUUUAAAGAAAAGAUGAUUCAAAAUGCUGAAGAAAUGGAAAAAAUGUUACUUCUAGAAGUUGAAAAGAGAUUCAAGAAAAUGACAGAUGACGUAAAGCUUGAUAUGGAGAAGAUUGAUCAACUGAUUGAUGAUAUCAAGAAAUAUCUAUCUAAGAUUGUUGCAGACAAGUAUGAUGAUGACAAGGAUGAAGUUGUUACGUUUAGAUUGUCUGAACGUCAGAUUAUUGCAGCUAAUAAACAAAUAUUAGACCUGGCGUGGAUAAAAGAACGAAUGGUACAUUUUCAUCCCAGUACUACGUUAGAGAAUUGCUUAGACCAAAAAUGUUUUGGGAAUUUUAAAAUUUCUAGACGAAACACUGAUGCUGUUAACAUUUACAAUUUGGAUACAAACCUUUCAGAGUGCAUCAAUUUAGAAGCUCAACUCACUAGUUAUAGGAUACUAUCAAAACAUAUUGAGAAACUUGGAGAAGUCGAUGCUGAAGUUCUUACUGUUAUUGUAGUCUCAAAAUAUCGGAGUUUCUUUCGGUUAAAAGAUGAGUUAAAAAAAGGUCAAAGACACAAAGUUUUUGUUUUGUGUUUGGUGGCAUCUUUCGGUAGGCAAUUAGCAAAUUCAUAUUUCAACGUAUUUAUGAAUACAUCUGCAGACGAUUUAUUAUCCUGUUAUACAGAAGAUAUGUGUAAAAGAUUUUGUACAGAGAAUAACAUACCUUACAUAUGUAUUUGUUUUCGCAAUCGGGAUGUUUUGAAAGCAGUUCAAUUGAUAAAAGAAGUUAUAGACGAAAAAUGACAAUAUUAGUAGAAUGUAAAAUAUUGCACUUUAAACAAACGUUUAGAAUAAGCUAUUGUGUUUGAGACUUGUUACGCAAAUGUGUCAUAUAGAUGUUUUAAAUGGUUAAAAGUCCAUUAUCAGAUAACGUUUACAUUAGUAGGACUUUUAUUGCUUAUGCAGAUGAUUACUUAGAUCUACCUGAAAACUGUUUAUGCAAUGUUUAUAGGUAUUGAGAUUUAUAGAUGGAAGCCAUUUAACUAAAAAUAGUAACAUUUAUUGAGGAUUCGUAUAUGAUUUAUCUAUUAAGGCAAUGUAUUGUUGAUUGUUCUUAAGUUUAGUUGUAGCCCAAUGCUUAUGAUUUAGUUUGAAGAGAAUAAUAAUCGUGUUUGACCUGUAAAUACUACUUCAUUAUAUAAAAACAUAAAUCUUAACAAUUGCAAUGUAUAAUUAACACUUUUUCAAAAGGCAUUUAAAACUUUAUUUAAAUAAAGUCAGUGUUUUUUUUAUAAAUAAUAAGUCAGUGAAUUAUCGGUGUUUAAAAAUUGGUACUCUAAAUGUUUGUGGCAUAAAGAGUAGAGUAAAUUAUCCAGAAUUUUUGUUGAUCUUGUAAAACAAUUAGAAAUAUUUUGGUGUUGAGUGCAAAAUAGACCAGUAUGAUGUUAUAUUUAUAGAUGAUUACCAGUUCUUUAAACAACCUAGAAAACAAGCUUUUAUACUAAAGACGGCUGGUCUGUGUAUUUUUGUAAAGACAGGUCUACAUUAUCAAAUAGAAAUUAUUGAUUCUAGCUCCGAUUAUAUUAUGUGGUUAAAAAUUAUGAAUUGUACACAUGUUAUUAUUGGUGUGAUGUAU